AUUAAGCAGCACCAACAUAUGGCUUUCUCUUCUCGUUCCCUCACAUUUCCUUUCCUCUUUCUCUUCAUCCAAACACUAUGCUUCCAUUCUCAAGCUGUCGUUCCUAAGUCGAAGACAUUCAAGGUCGUCAAUGAAGGAGAUUUCGGGCAGUAUGCAGUUGAGUAUGAUGCGUACUACCGUCCUCUCCAUGUUUAUGACUCUAUGUUCCAUCUUUGCUUCUACAACACCACCCCUAAUGCCUAUACCUUGGCUCUACGUAUGGGCUCAUUUCGAUCAGAGUCGCUGCUGAGAUGGGUAUGGGAAGCAAACCGUGGGAACCCAGUUGGUGAGAACGCCACUUUGGCAUUAGGGAAGGAUGGAAAUCUAGUCUUGGCCGACUCCGACGGUCGAGUAGCAUGGCAAACUGGCACUGCCAACAAGGCGGUUGUUGGGUUGAAGCUGUUACCAAAUGGUAACAUGGUUUUGCAUGAUGCCAAGGGCAGUUUCAUUUGGCAGAGUUUUGACUACCCAACCGAUAGUCUCUUGGUCGGGCAAUCUCUUGGGCUUGGGUCCAAGCUGGUGAGCCGAGCAUCUGUUGAAAACAAUGUUUACGGGGCUUAUAGCUUUGCAGUGGAGCCCAAACAGGUGGGCUUGUAUUACAGAAGCAAUAACACCCCUAAGCCGUUACUCUAUUUCUCCUUUGCCGAAUGGUUUAGCAUCACCAAGGGCACCAUAGUUAACGUCACGCUUGGUGUUUUAGAAGAAGACGGAGGCUAUUCCUAUCGCCUGUUAUUGAACUACCAUCUGGCCAACCCAGUUGGGUCCGGACAUGUAUACGUGGCUAGGACCAAAUACAAUGGAACAUUGACAUUUCUAAGGCUAGGAAUUGAUGGAAAUGUUAGGUUUUACACUUACAACGACAAGAUGGACGAGGGGGCAUGGGAGGUGAGCUAUACUCUGUUCAACAGAGAUUCUGGCGAUUUAAGUGAAUGCCAAUUGCCAGGGAGGUGCGGGAAAUUUGGGCUUUGUGAAGACAGCCAAUGUGUUGCUUGCCCAUUACCAAGUGGGUUGAUGGGGUGGAGCAAGAAUUGUGAGCCAGUGAAUGUGCCAUCUUGCAAGGCUUCUGAGUUCUACUAUUACGAGUUGGAAGGGGUCGAUCACUUUCUACGCAAGUACACAAAGGGAGAAGGGCGAAUGAAGCAAAGCGAAUGCGAAAGUAGGUGUACGAAAGACUGCAAGUGCAUGGGCUAUUUCUACCACAAAGACACGUCCAAGUGCUGGAUUGCUUACGAUCUCAGAACUCUCACAAAGGUUGAGAAUGCAGCAUAUGUUGGCUACAUAAAGGCCCCCAAGAAGUAAAGGGAACCAACCUCUUGUUGUCUACCUAAUAGAUGCUAUUUCUUUGUUCCCUUUUGUGUGUUUCUUUCAAGUUGGAACCUAAGCUGAAGAAUUCUAAUGUUAGCUUAGUGUUCAUUCUUUUCAAGUGCAUGUUAAUUUAAUGAUGAAUAAAUAUGCA